CCCCCUGGCGCAUGCGCGCGGCUGCGCCGCCGUGAGGGGCCGGGGAUGGCGCCGCCGGGGCCGGGCCCGGAGGGGGGCGGCGGGCCCUGCCUGCGCUCCGUCAACACGCGGGAGCUGUCCCGGGUCGUCUUCAACAACCGCAGCCCCCGCUCCGUUCUCCCCGUCUGGGUGGACUUCGAGGGCAAGCCGUGUUCCUACCCGGUGCUGCAGCCGCGCACCGGGCGGUUCAUGCACAGCUACCGGGGUCACCUCUGGCUGUUCCGGGACGCGGGGACCAACGACAGGCUCCUGGUCAACCAGCAGGAGCUGUUUGUGGCGGCUCCCAACGUGAGCACGGCAGACAUCACGCUGCCAGUGUUCACCCUGAAGGAGAGGUGUCUGCAGGUCGUGCGCAGCCUGGUCAAACCGGUGGACUACAGGAAACUGGACAUUGUUCGAUCCUUAUACGAAGAGCUCGAAGAUCAUCCUGACAUUAGGAAGGAUCUUCAGCGGCUUUCUCUGGAGAGAAGUGAAACACUGAGGAACGGAGUUCUGGAAUAACAUGAUUACCCACUCCAGGCUCUUUAAAUAGCAAACCAGUGGGUUUGAGCAGGGACGGUCGCCGUGAAACAUGCCAAGAACCCCUGCCUGUGUUUUCAGUUCUGAAGCAUAAACCCAGUUAAACUGUAGAAAGCUUUCUGUGACGCUCAGUGAGAUCCCAGAGCCUGCACAGGCGCACUCCGGGCUCCGAUGGCUCCGUUCUGUUCCUCGACACGCUGCGAACUGGUGGCGCUGGAGCCCUCGUGUAAGCGCAGCUCAGUGAUGCUUUAUUUGGACUAUCUCAGAACACAGCAUAGGGACACGGGUCAUCUCUGUGGAGAAUGUGCCUGCAGAUCAGCUUUCUUUUAUUAGAAAGUAAAUUACACCAAGAAUCAAUUGAAUCCAGACUGUAACGAUUGUAAGAGUCAGACCAGCACCAGUUUUGCUUGAAUAAUUUGGUUUUGAUGCAAUUUCCCACUCUCACACUUAGCCUAGAUUUGCCUGUGAAUCACAAAGGGCGGUGGUCACUGGUUAGCAGGUGAUUUCUGUAGCAUACAUUUCUUCCCAGUUACACAUUCUGAGAAACACGGUGUGAAACUGAGAAUUUCAAUGCAUUCUGUAAGUAUGAAAUGUCUCUCCUUUUUGUGGACUUGUUUUUCUUACAUAUUUGAAGUGUAUGAAUUGAUCUUUGUAAUAAAAAUGUGAAUCCAUGCUAA